CUGGAGGCAUAGAGAAUGUUUCAGUUCAGCUAAAAUUGCAGUAAGUUAACGAGCAGUAGCUGUAUGAACAGACUGGAGUCAGACGUGCCUGCCUAUUGGGAAAUACAGCUGUAAAUACAGAGAAGUUCACUUGUAAUGCAGACCUGGCAGUUCUGAAGCUGGGAGCCCUUCCUCUGCCACUAGCCUGUGCACUUCGCUGUAGGAUCCAGCAGGCCGGCACCUCCUGGACUAAGGGUCCAUUUCACUGGCUGUAGAGAAGCGGGAAAUGUCCCAGUGAUCCUGAAUUGCUGAGAAGUUUCUCCUGGGCUCAUGAGGAAGGUGUUACAAUCAAGAUGAGGAUUUCCUUCCACUCCUACUGUGCAAUGGGCAACCUCUCUCUGUGCAGUUACAUCAUUUCCUUUCUUAUGCUCCAUGUUUCUACACUGGAAUCAGUGAAUUUCAAGGUGAUUGGACCUGAUCAUCCCAUCACGGUCUCUGCAGGGGAAGAUGCCCUGUUACCCUGUCACCUCUCCCCCAGCAUGAAUGCUCAGGAGAUGGAGGUGCGCUGGUUCCAAUCCAAGGACUCUGAACUUGUCCAUCUGUAUCAGGAUGGAAAAGAUCAGACUGAGCUGCAAAUAUCAAAAUAUCGGGACAGAACAGAGCUGCUGAAGGACGGUAUCGUGGAUGGAAGAGUUGCCCUGCAUAUACGCAACAUCACCCCCUCUGACCAAGGACAGUUUAUCUGUUUCUUCCGGUCACCCAGCUUUUUUGGGGAAGCCACUCUGGAACUGAAGGUGACAGGUCUGGGCUCUACUCCUCGCAUCUCUAUUGACAGCUACCAGAGCAGAGGGAUCCACAUGGUGUGUGAAUCUGCUGGAUGGUACCCGAAGCCCCAGGUGCAGUGGAGAGACCUGAAGGGGCAGCACUUACCAUCCCUGACAGAAAAAAUAAUUCAACAUGAUACUGGCCUGUUUGAAGCACAAAUUUCCAUUAUUGUAACAGAAACUUCCAGUCAGGAUCUGUCCUGCUCUGUCAGCAACUCCCACCUCAACCAAGGGAAAGAAUCCAUGGUCUACAUCGCAGAUUCUUUCUUCCUGGGGGCCUGCCCCUGGAAUGUGGCUGUGUACAUACUCCUGGUUGCUUUGGGUUUGCUCAUUUUCACGGCCAGCUUCUUCUUCUGGAAGCAACACAAGGCAAAAGGGAAACUUGUUGCGGAUCUUGAGAAACAUCUUGCAGAGAAAGAGAAGCUCCAGAAUGAACUUCAAUUGAGAAGAGUUCAAAUAUAUCAAGCCAGCGUGAUUCUGGAUCCAAUCACUGCUCAUCCUGAUCUCAUCCUGUCUGAGGAUCAGACAUGUGUAACAAAAGGAGAUAUAGCACAGAAUGUGCCAAACAAUCCUGAGAGAUUUGAUUCUUCUGUGUGUGUCCUGGGUUCUGAAGGUUUCACAUCAGGGAUACAUUACUGGGAGAUGGAAGUGGGGAAUGGUGGUGACUGGUGGGCUGUAGGGGUUGCCAGAGAGUCUAUAAAGAGGAAGGGAUGGCUCAAUUUUAGCCCAGUGGAGAAGAUCUGGGCUGUGGAGUGUGACUGGGGUAAAUACCAGGCUCUUGACUCCUCUGUGAUCCAUUUGCCUCUGAAUGAGCGACUUGGGAAAAUUGGGGUUUCACUGGACUUUAAAGAGCACUAUGUAGCAUUUUAUGAUAUUGAUAACAUGGUGCCAAUAUACACUUUCAAAGACGUCUCUUUCUCUGAUGAGAAAAUCUUUCCUUUCUUUUGUAUCUGGAGAACUCCAGGAAAAUAUAUCAAACUGUGUGACCGAGAAAAGAGUUAGCCCUACAUUUUCAAGUGUCCAUUAUUUUUUGGUGCCAGCACUCAAAAUUAGUGGGCACUUAUGAAAAUUUAGAGCAAAUUACCUCACUGUGCCCAGAAUUCUGUACCUUUCAAAACUAUAGAAAACAUGAAUGGUCAGGAGAAAAUGUCAAUGGAACAGCAUUUACCCAAGUUAUUUUUCUCACUGUGACGGGUUGGAUCACAGAAACCCCCUUGGGAACUGCCACCUGAUGUGCAAAGACUACCUCUGCUCCUGUUUUCCCUGCCAACUCAGGACUCCAGCACCCUGUCUU